AUGGUGAUCUUGUUAUGUUCUCAUAUCUCUAAGAAGAUUGUCAUUGAGAGAGACUUUAAUAGGCACAUUGGGGUUAAUCCGGGAGGUUAUGACGAUGUGCAUGGAAGUUUUGGUUUUGGUGAUAGAAAUGGUGAGGGAGCUGUUCUGUUGGAUUUUGCGAGGGCUUUUGGGCUGGUGGUGGUGAAUUCGAGAUUUUCGAAGAAGGAAGAUCACCUGAUUUCUUUCAGAAGCGUGAUAGCCAAGACUCAGAUUGACUUAAUGCUGCUUAGGAAGGAGGAUAGAGUUUUAUGUAAGGACUGUAAAAAGUCAUUUCGACGCUCCUUACCCGAGGUAGUCGGUGAUGGGUAUUUGCAAAGUGGUGAUAAUUUUAAGGCACAAGGUGCCCAAUCUCAGGCGAGUGGGGGUCAAUCAACUUUUUCAUGCCCUCCAUGCCUCUUCUGUGGUCGCCUUCAUCGAGGCUAUUAUGAUGAAGGUAUGUACAAGUGUUUUAAAUAUAGCCAACCAAUCCAUAUGCUCAAGAAUUGUCCGAUUGGUAAGGGAGCUUUGGGAGUGGACAAAGCUCCAGUUGCUUUAUCUUCUGCUCCUGCGCCUAGUGGUAUGGCUUCGGUGUCUGAUCUUGCUUCUGGUACCGGUACAGGACAAAAUAGGUUAUAUGCUCUUGCAUCUCGGUAA